AUGAAGCGGCGGUGGAAGGCGGGGCCAAAGACACACGACGAAGGUGAUAUUGCAAUGCGAGAGCUGGGAGCCACAGGUGUAUUUCAAAACGCGGUUUUCCAGGAGACGAGUGCUGAGGUGGUAUUGGCAGCCCGUAAUAAGAUCCGCAUCAAGAAGGACGUUCCCUCCUCAAGCGGCAAGGAGUCCUCGUCCACUUCCGAACCGCUCCUGAAGGUGCCCAAGCAAAUCACAGAGGUGGAGGAGAUUGCUGCAGCUGUCACAGAACCCAAGGAGGAAACUACUCCUGCGGAGGGCGACGGGGUGGUGCAUGACAAUGGCUCUGGAGCGGAGAUUUCAGUGGCGGCUUCUCCUUGGGUACAGCCGGUGUCACCCGCAGCACGUGGAUGCAAGCCCAGCGCGGUACGAUUGUGGGAGGAGGAGGUAAAGCGACUGCUGGCUGCGGGUCGAGCGGAGGACGCCUUGCAGUGGGCAGCGCCAUCUGACGGCAUGAUCCGCUGCACUAUGCGCCGCGUCAAGAACUUCAUGGGCCAAACGCUGGCCUAUCAUUUGUUUCUAGACAACGGUGAUACAUUUGUGCUCGCUGCGCGCAAGCGCAAGAAGUCAACCAACUCGAACUACGUGUUGUCGACCAGCCAGGCCGAUCUCGGGCGCGACUCGGAGCACCGAAUCGCCAAACUGCGCGCAAACUUUGUCGGCACGGAGUACAGCCUCAUGUCGCGGGGUUGUUCCGCCGCCGCCGCCGCUUCUGGCUCUGUUGCGUGCCGGCAGGGAAGCGGGAGCGGUGCCGCUCACUUGACCAACGAGGGCGCGAGCGGCGGCGCCGCUGUACGACCUGUCAGCCCAGCUGAGGAGACGUCGGCAGGUACGGCAGAACAAGGAAACCCAAGCGCCAGCGCCAGCAGCCGGCAGCAUCAGCAGCCGGAUUCUUUUGGCUUGGAGGAAAUGGCGGUUCAUUUUAAGCAGACGGUGCUGACGACGAAAGGGGGCCCACGGACCAUGCUGAUUGCAACGCCGCUGCCGGACGCGAAUUGGACGCCGUCGGCGCCGGAUGGCUCGGACUCGCUGGCGAGCUGCCUCGAAGCGGCUCGUCGGCGGGAGCUUUCGCCCCGGCUGGAGCGACAUCUGUGCAUGCUCGCCACGCGUCCCCCGGAGUGGGACUCGACGCUCAAGGCCUAUACAUUGGAUUUUCACGGCCGCGUGCGGGCUUCCUCGGUGAAGAACUUCCAACUGGUUCAUUGGGAUCACAAUACGGACCGCAAGGGCUCGGACCUGGUGCUGCAGUUUGGCAAGGUUGAGGAGGGGAGCGAGGAUUUCGCGCUGGACUUUGCGUACCCGCUGACGCUGCAGAAGGCCUUUGGGAUUGCUCUUGCAAGUACGGAUGCCAAACUGUGCUACGCGCUGUGA